UUCUUUCUAUUGAAUAUAUAUCAAUGACUAAUUUAUUGAGAAUAGAUGUUCAUGUAUGAUAUCGAAACUUUUCAAUUUAUCUUGAGUAAAUUAUUUUUAUGUUACUUAUUGUUUAUAUCAUCAGCAGAAUUACAGCGUGACAAGACAAAUCACGCACAAUAGAUCACAAGAAAAUGUAUAUGAAUAUGAACCGAAAUUUGUAGUGAAUAAAGCAAGCUGACAGCCCAGACAAUGUUACAAUCCGUGGAAAAACAUUGAAUGAAAAAAGUAAAAUAUCAUAGACUUUAAGAAAGAAGAGAGGCAAAUAUAAAAUAAAUAUACGAAAAGGAAUUUACCAUUCUUUAUUAUGAAUUUAGGAAUUCACUAACAAUAAGUCGCGUCUGAAAAUGAGACCAUGUAUAACAUAGCUAAUUUUUCAGUAUGAAGGUGACAGUUACAACAUUAACUGAUGAAAUUUUUAUUCUUGAUGUGAAUGAAGAUUUAGAACUUGAGAAUUUUAUAACUUUGUGUGAAAAUGAGAGUAAAAUUCCUGCAUAUGAAAUUGCUAUAUUAUUUCGUGGACAUCCCCUUCUAGAUCAGAAAAUGUCUCUUCGGCAACAUGGUAUUCGAGAUGAAGAUGUAGUAAUUCUGCAACGUAUUCGUCAAAAUAUUAAUGAAGAAGCAUGCACUGUAAAACAAGAUUUUCCACUAUUAGAUUUUAGUUCAAUUAAAGUUCCUUGUACAUUAACAAGUCAGUUACAAAUACAAAGUGGAACCAGUACUAGUCACGGAUUAACUUUCCAAAAAAAUGAAGAUGAUCCCGCCAUGAUUAAAGAUAUGUUUUUAGCUAAUCCAGAUCAAUUAUCUGUUCUAAAACAAAAUAAUCCUCGUUUAGCAGAAGCCCUUUUAUCAGGCAGUCUUGUGACAUUUUCUGAAGUACUUAAAGAACAGGUAAAAAUUAGAGAAGAGAGACAAUCACAACGAUUAAAAAUGAUGAAUGCAGAUCCAUUUGAUACAGAAGCUCAAAAAUUAAUAGCUGAAGAAAUUCGAAGAAAAAAUAUUGAAGCUAAUAUGGAAGCAGCUAUGGAAUAUAAUCCAGAAACCUUCGGUACGGUGGUAAUGUUGUAUAUUAACUGCAAAGUUAAUGGCUACCCAGUUAAAGCAUUUAUAGAUUCAGGUGCUCAAACAACGAUUAUGUCUUCAGUAUGUGCUGAAAGAUGUAAUAUUAUGCGAUUAGUUGACGCAAGAUGGUCAGGCGUAGCGAAAGGUGUCGGUAUUCAACGAAUUAUUGGACGUAUACAUAUGGUGCAAAUACAAAUUGGUGGUGAUCAUUUAACGACUUCAUUUAGUGUUCUCAAAGAACAGCCAAUGGAUAUGUUACUUGGUUUAGAUAUGCUUAAAAGACAUCAGUGCUGUAUCGACCUCAAAAGCAAUGUUUUAAGAAUUGGCACCACAGGAUCUGAAACACCUUUCUUAACAGAAGGAGACCUUCCUGAAUGUGCACGAUUAAGCAUUAAUAAUCAUGAUUCUUUAGAAGAUGAAAAUUUACAAAGAGUUCUUGAAAACAGUUCAAGAGAUAAUAAAUAUCAAACUCAGGAUAAAUUAAUUACAAGAAACAAUGAAGAUCAACCAUCUUCCAGUAUAGGUACACUAGAUACAAUUGUUAGUCAUUUUGAUCCUUUCACUGAAUCUACUGUUGAAGAAAUAGUAGAACUUGGAUUUCAUCGGAAACAAGUAAUUUUUGAACUUCGUAGAUAUAAUGGUGAUAAAAAACAAGCAAUCGAUGCAUUAUUUGCAGAAUCUCUUCAAUUUUAAUAUAUUUUACAUAAUUCACUUUAUUAAAGAAAGUAUUAAAAGU